AUGUCAAAGUAAGGGGGACAUAAUAAUUCUGAUAAUUAACGAAAAAGAGAUUAGAAAUUCGAUAUUAAAGAGCUAGAAAAGGAGUAAAAGAGACAACUCGAAUCAGAGUAGUAGCGAUAUGACCACAAGCUAAUUGAUGAAAAAUCUUAGGAUUUCUUAAAGGCAGCCAAAUAAAAGCGUAAAUCCCAUAGAACGAAUACAUAACAUAAGGAUCUGGAUGAGGAGUCUGAUGUUGAUGAAGAAUUUAAAAUCGGAUUUGAAGACGCUGCUUCUAAGUUUGCUGUAAAGAGAAAGAAAAAAUAUAUGUUCACAGAUACGGGAAUGCCAAUAGAACCAUUUAACUUAGAUAAUGAUAUCCGUGAGGGUGUGAUAACAAGAGAUGGAGUAAUGAGAAUGGAGAGAGACAAGAAUAAGGAUGAUCAAGAUUCUGAUGAUCCUUGGCUUGAAAGCAUCAAAGAGGAUCAAGACAAAAUGUUGUACUAAUAAUGCUAAAAUCAAAAAGAUUCAGAUGACAGUGAGAGUGAAUAAGAAGAAGGCCAUGGUGGUGGUGAUGAUGAAGACUUAUCUGAUGAAUAGGAAUUAAUAAGCGAAGACCAAAAGAAGAGAAAUAAACUAGAAAUUGAGGAUCUGAAGAAAUUACUUCUAAAGUAUCUAGAUAAAGAAACUAAUGAAAAUGCUAAUAUGGCAAUGAAAAGACUCAAAGCUGAAAAUUAAAAAUAGUCUUAACCAUUAGCAAAUAAAAAGAAAAAUGUACGAAAACUUGCACUUCAGUAACAAUAAUUAAAAUAGUAGUAAAAUCAAUAAAAUCCUAAUUAAGGCUCUUAAUCCCCUAGUGCUAGCUAAAAUAACGAUCCAAUAACUAAUCCUCAGGAUUUAAACUAAGAUGAAUUGCUGAGUUUUGACAAAUUAUUAGCUCUUUGUACUAAGUUAUAAGAUCUGGGUUAUGUUGAUGUAUUUUCUAUCAGGCAAUAAAAACUGUCUGAAGAGAUUGAAAAACUUGAGCAAUACUAUUAAAAGGAGAAGGAUAAUUUUGAGCGAGUCCAAAACGGAUGGUUCUAUAAAAUAAUGUACUAAGAAACUGGUCAGGAGAGUGAGAUAUUUGGUCCAUUUACAAGGGAUGAAAUGUAAUCCUGGAGAGAGUUGAAUUACUUUGAUGAAACUGAACAGUAGAUUUGCGCUUUCAUUAAAUCUCUAGAUAAGUAAAAGAAUAAUGAUAAUUGGCUAUUUAUUUCAGAUAUACCUAGAUUUAAUUGA